AACUGUGUGAGGCUAUUGGCUUGGUGGUGGCAUUUGACCUUGCUUUUCCUUGCCUGGCUGGGAGACACCCCCCCCAAGUUUGGAGGGUCUGUACAUGGAAUAUGAAGAGGAUGAUGAUAUUUUAUUUGCAAAAUGGAUGAGCAGCUUCUGGGGCCACAACUUGAUUGAUGAGAAUGAGAAAGAGGGUAGAGGCCACAAGAAACGUCAGAAACAACCCUUUAGCGAAAGGAGAGCCUCCCUGCCGGCCAGGCUUUCUUCCCUCCGUACAACACGACUUCAUGCUUCUACCAAAGGCUCAUCUUCAGGCCAUCUCAAGGGCUCCAAGGAAUUUCAAGAAGACCAGAACGUCUUGUGCCACUGCCACAGAAAGGCAAGCAGAACACCUUCAGCAGAUAGCUCGUGCCCAGAGACAAGGUCUAACUCCAUCCAGGAAUUUGCCGAGUCCUUUGAAAAGCAAUUGCAUCUCAAAAGCAAACGCUCAGUUUCUUUGCAACCUGAAGACAUGAAGGAGAGAAGAGAGAGAUUGCAUCUGAGAAAAAGCAAGUCUCACAAGAGAAUGGGAGAGAAAUCAGAGCCAAGGAGAGAGCAGAAAGAAGAUGAAGGUUCAGAAGUUGUACCUGCAAAACACAACGAACAGUUUCCAACACAAGCAAGCAUUGAGAAAAGAUAUUUAUGCACAGGCAGCUAGAUGGGUUGGGAUAAUGAAUUUUAACACUCUCCCUGAAGAGCAGGGGGAGCAUUCCCAUUUUGUUUUGACUAGAAGAGGCCUGUUAGCUAGAAUAAACCCUGACCUGUAAAAUAGAAGUAAAAUUCAGCCGCAUCAUU